AUGUCGGCUUCUGGUCCCAUAAGCAACUAUUAUGUAGAUUCCUUGAUAAGUCAUGAAAAUGAAGAGCUCUUGGCAUCAAGGUUCCCAGCCACUGGCUCUCACCCUGCAGCCGCUAGACCUUCAGGAUUAGUACCGGACUGUGCCGAUUUUCCAUCCUGCAGUUUUGCCCCUAAACCGGCCGUUUUUACUACUUCAUGGGCUCCCGUGCAUUCUCAGUCUUCUGUGGUUUACCAUCCGUAUACCCACCAGCCUCACAUUGGGGCUGACACCAGGUAUAUGCGCACUUGGUUGGAACCCAUCUCAGGCGCUGUGUCCUUCCCUGGCUUCCCACCCAGCAGCAGGCAUUACGGGCUCAAGCCGGACGCUUUCCCCGGCCGAAGGGCGGAAUGUGGCCCGGUGGACGGGCGUAGUUAUCCGGAUUACAUGUACGGAUCCCCGGGUGAUCUCAGAGACCGAACUCCGCAGACUAUACCCUCUCCGGAAUCGGAGGCAGUCGCUUCGAGCAAACACAAAGAAGAAAAGAACGAAUUAGACCCUAGCAAUCCCGUGGCAAAUUGGAUUCACGCACGUUCCACAAGGAAGAAAAGAUGUCCUUAUACAAAGUAUCAGACCCUGGAACUGGAAAAAGAGUUUUUAUUCAAUAUGUACCUCACACGGGACCGGAGGUACGAAGUAGCCAGAGUUCUUAAUCUCACUGAACGCCAAGUCAAAAUCUGGUUUCAGAACAGGAGAAUGAAAAUGAAGAAAAUGAAUAAAGAAAAAACCGAUAAAGAACAGCAAUAA